AUGACGAUUACGCACGUUGUUCUUCUCCAGUUCAAGGACUCGGCUGAUGCCGAGGGCCUCAAGGCGGGCCUUGAACAGUUUCUCAACCUUACGCAGACCUGUGUGCACCCAACGACGCAGAAGCCGUAUGUGCUCUCCAUGCAGGGCGGCAAAGACACGUCCAUUGAGCAUUUUCAAAACGGCCACACGCACGCCUUUGUCGCGGAGUUUGCAACGGUAGAGGAUCUUGAAUACUAUGUCAAAGAGGACCCGGUGCACCAAGCUUUUCUCAGGGACACGUUUCCACUCGUGGAGAAAAUUACCACUAUGAACUUUGAGUCCGGCAAGCUUUAA